AUGGCAGCGUCGUCCAGCUCUUCCAAGUCUUCAUUGGCCACAAUCAUGAAGGUAGCAGUGAUGGUGGCUCUGGUCUUGGUGGUGACUGUGGAUGGACAGAGCUGCAAUGUGCACUUGAGUGGACUAAACUCGUGUGGUGAGUUUGUGGUUCCUGGAGCUGACAAGACGAACCCGAGUGCAGAGUGUUGCACUGCUCUUGAGGCAGUGCCAAGCGAAUGCCUUUGCAACACGCUUCGCAUUGCCUCUAGGCUUCCCAGUCGCUGCAACAUCCCUACACUUUCUUGCUCCUGA